UUAGCUCCAAAAUUGAAGCGAGACUUUCCUGUUUUUCGCAAGAAUUGUUAGAGUUCUUAUACUUUGAAGGUUAGAAUGCAGUCGGAUAAUGUCGGUCGUGGCCGUGGAAGCCGUGGUGGUUCUCGUGGAGGUAGUGGACGUGGUAGAGGACGUGGAGGAUACGGAGACUCGUAUCGUCCGGAUUUAGAAACGAGAGAAACCCAUGUAACGUAUCAAGGCAAGGUAAAGUAUGAAGGAGGAGACCGUCAUGAUUUCAACUAUGAGAAGACGCCAACUGGAAGUUAUCGUGGCUCGCAUCGAGAUGGUCAGGAAGGAUCGAGAGGCAACCGCGGAUCAUUCAGAGGUGGACGAGGAGGUUACGACAGAAGACGUGAUGAUGAAGAAUCAAAAGCAGAAAAUCGUUUUGGAGGGUACAAUCGGGGAGCAAAUGGCGGAAACUAUCGCGGGAGAACUGGCGGGAGCGGCAGAGGUGGAUCGACCCAAACCACUACCGUGGAUCCUAAAUAUAAUGGAUUGAUCUUGGAAAAUUCAGCAGAGCCAAAGCUUAAAGGACUUAACUCUGACAUGAAUCAGAAGCAAAAUCCAAGACUUGCCCUGAACAUCUUCGGGCUUGAGCUCUCUGAGCGAACGAUUUUCCGGCAUGUUGUGCAAAUGAAGCUCAUCGAUCGUCAGCACAAUAAGGAGUAUAUUCUUACAACAAUGAGUGCCAGAGGACGUGGAAACCGUGCAACAAAGCAAAAAGAUAACUUUAUUCUUCUUGACAUCCUACUCAAACAGUGGGCCGCGAAGAAGGGUCAGCAGAAUCUUCCUGCAUUCGCGUACGACGGUGCACAGUCUUUAUUCACUUUGGAGGGAAUCAGCUUGAUGGUCGAUAUCAAGAAAGAAGAUGCUCUCGAAAUCCCGGAACUUUCCAAUUUUCUGAAGGAUUCCAUCUCGUUCCUCAGCGGCGAUUUGGAGAUCUCUUGUGAACCGGAUCUCGAGAAACCGUCAUUCGUUCAGACGGAGCUUAACGAAUGGAGUGAUCCAAGAUUCUACGCUUAUUUGGAUAUUGUGACAUCACAGAGUGCCAUUAGAAGCGAAAGAUAUUUGUCGCAGUCGAAAGGUCUCUAUGUCCACACUCAAAGCUUGGAGGAGCUUCGCGUGAAAUGGGCUGUUGCAGCAAAAGGAAUCCACAAAGGAUGCCGAAUCGUCGGAGCAAACGGACCUCUUCCAAUUCUAGAACUCGAUCCUCAAUCGACUCAGUACUAUGCUUCAAUCCCACUCAGUCAGAUGUUGCAGUACGCAUUUCCUCGUGAUUUUCCGCCAAACCGUAUCGUUAAUCCAAAUAUGAAACUGCAAAGAGCCGUGAAACUAUUGUUGAAGGAUUUAAAAUGCAACCCAUAUUACGAUGACAAACAGAUUUGGGCUACGAACACUAUCACAGUGUCGGAUGUUGACUACAACGCGCCGAAAGAUCCAGAAUUCAGACAAAAGUAUCCAAAUCUGAAAUUCCCAAUGCUUCCUGCAGUUCAAUGCGGCACUGGACCACACAAGCGCCUCAUGCCGCUCGAAUAUUUGAAGGUUCUUCCUUAUCAAUCCAUUGACCGCCGUGUACUCGAAGAGUUUGAGCUUACACCACGAGCGAAUGCCCCGAACGAACGCUGGUCAACUCUUCAAAAACACUACGAUCAAUUUGGUUUCAACGAUCAAGUCAUGAAAGAUUUUGGUGUCCAAAUCUGCAAUGAUCCUUUCAACAACGUCAGUGAGAUCGACGGUGAAAGAGUCCUCGCGCCUAGUGUUGCAUAUGCAGACCCGGUACACGUGGAUGAUGAGAAGCGUGACUGGAAAGCACAAGACAAAAAGUUUGUUACACCUGCUACGAUUGACCAUUUGAUGUUCGUUCUAGUAGCAGGUUAUACUCGAACUUGGGAUGCUGAUUGCGAUGCAACCAAAUUUGUCGCGAAAGCAUUCAUGCAGCGUUGCAAGGACAAAGGAAUGCACAUUGGCAGUUAUAGCAUGGAUCAGCACAAUGGCGAACGAGGCAGCGAAAAUUUCCUUACUUCGGUCUUCAAAAACUUGGUGACUCAUCCAAACUACCGGGAUUCGUCUUUCACUCCGUUCGUCUUGUUUAUUUCCGAUGACGUUCCUAACAUUCAUGAGUGCCUCAAAUUCGAAGAGCGUAUGAGUGACAUUCCAACGCAGCACGUACUUCUCAAAAAUGUCAAAAAGAUGCGUGACAACAUCGAAAAGAAGUCUCAAGGUGGAAGAAGAGCAUAUGAUUUGACUCUUGACAAUAUUGUGAUGAAAGCCAACAUUAAAUGCGGUGGACUUAACUACACAGCAGAUAUUCCAAGAGAUCUUGCGUGCUGGAAUGAAGUUUCUACCUUCGUAAUUGGAAUGGACGUUGCUCAUCCUGACCGAAACGCUGCGAGAGAAGGAAAUCCAUCCACCGUCGGACUGUCCUGCAAUUCUGCUGAAAACCCAUACUCGUUCAUUGGAGACUUCUUAUACACCGAUCCUAGAAGAGAGGCGAUCCAGGAUGAAAUUUUGCGAAAAUUCACUGACCAAAGCGUUCGAAACUUUGCCGAAAUUCGAGGUUUCCCAAAGAAAGUAAUCAUCUUCCGUGAUGGUGUUUCAUUCGGUGAAGAGACUGCGGCUCUGAAGGAGGUGGAAAUCAUUGAGCAAACCAUUAAGACAGCCGCUAAGUCCAUGGGCCAUUCUGAUUAUGCUCCAAAAGUAUUAGCCAUUGUUGUUAAAAAACGUCACCACACUCGAUUCUACGCCAAGGGAGGACAUCACGGGAACAUGCCGAUCAAUCCGCUUCCCGAUACAUCUGUUGGUGGUGAUAUUGCCGAAUAUGGAAAAAGACAAAUCUUCAUCCAAGCUUUCCGGCCAGUGCAAGGUACUGCAAAGGUUCCAUCAUUCUUGGUUAUUCGAGAUGAUGAGGAAGUUUCGGACGAACAUGUUGCCAAAAUGGUUUGCGCCGUAUGCAGUCUUCAUCAGCUUGUUAACAGUCCAACAUCCAUCCCAACUCCAGUUUACGUUGCUCAUGAGCUCGCCAAGAGAGGAACCGGGCUUUACAAAGCUUAUAGGUUCAAGAAUGGCGAACUCUUUGAUGAUUGGGAAACGCUCACCACUCAACUCUCCUAUAGCACUCUCGAUCGACUUUCAAAAGUUCGAGUUGUUUAGGCGUGCAACUCUUUCCCUGUUGUUCCUACAUUCCUCAUGUCUCGAAUAUCCUGAGACUUAGUUCAAUAGAUAAAUUCCUCCGCUCGUAAUAUUUUAACUGUUAAAUUUUCCUCCCUUAAAGUCUCAUCUUAUUUUUUCCCUUUUUCUUGCCUCCACCCUCUCUUCUCAAGCUCCUCCCAUUCUUCGUUUGUUUUUGAAUAUAGAGAAGCGCAGCCAGUAUUUCUCUUGAAUACAACACAACUUGCUCUUCUUUCCAUUCAAAUAUAAUUAUCAUUUCUGGUGAUAUGUUGAACAAUCGGUCUUCUCACAUAUGUUCACUGGAAGAUUUCUUUUCAUAUGAAAUUGUGGAAAGAAUAUCCUACCUUUACCUUGUUCCACUGGUUAGUAUAACUUCAUUAUAUAAAUGUCGUGUUGAAUAAUGUUGUUUUUAUUUUUAUCUUUGCAUGAAUUUUUGUGGCAGAUUUUAUUCAACGAUGAAAAGUUGAAACAGUGUA